GGAUCGGACUCGAACUCUCUUACUCAUCGAACGAUAACACCGCGAAGAUGAAGACCGUGCUUCGACCUCUUGUAUAAGAAGGCUCAACGUUUUCCUGCGAAGUGAAAAAUUUCUUCAUCCAUCUCUCACUCCUCUGAACAACCACAAGCCUAUCCACCUACUAGAGCUACCACCAGCCCCCAGCUGUCAACAUCAUUAAAAUGCAGUUCACCACAGCUUUUCUCGCCGCUGUUCUUGCCUUCGCCACUGGCACACACGCGGCCCCGGCCCCGGCGCCGGAGCCUUGGACCAAGGACGCCAAUGGGGUCUGGGUUGCCAACGAUAACUGGUGGGAUGUCAAUUACCAUGGCGAUACCAUCCGUGCCCACGAGUCUUGCACCUGGCAGGGCCAGCCUGUGGCCCGCGAGGCCGGAACUCGGUGCACUUACUGGACUAACAGUAAUGGCGGACAAUACCACGGCAGUAAGCAUUUCUUUCUAACUACUAAUAUACCUACUUCACGCGAAACCGAAACUGACAUUCAUAGACUGCCUGUACAUCCGGAACGGGGACAGGAGGCAGAUGUCCUGUGCCGGCUUCAAUUGACGCUCGACGGGAGGAAGUCCACCCAGGCCAGGGAGAGCGACGUGCUCGAGUCUUGUGGAACCUAACGGGCGGAGGCUCCUCAAGUGCCGCCUGACGACCGUACGGCGACUCCGGGGUGGGUCUGGACAGAAUGCUACACGGACCUGAGGCCUUAAGCCCCAGGUCCUGACACACACACAGCUUCUACAGCACUAGGUAGAUUACUAUAUCAGUAGUUAGGCGGCUCA